UCGCUCAGGGAUUCAGGGAUCAUUUGGACGGACUGGAAUCGUGGUGGACUCUUGGCUGAGCGAGUGUGGGAUUUUGUGUUUUAUGUGUGUCUUUUUUUUAAUGCAAUAUUUGUAGUGAAAGUUUCGGCAGUCAUGGCGUUGACAGCAGAUAAUUUAGAUGGUUUUCUGCCAUUGCUGGCUACAAGUGAUACAAAAAGUAAACUUACCAUUGCUAACAACCUCAUCAAUUUUCUGGCUGAGCCAGAAAGCUCUAUUGAAUGUUCUGACAUUGGACAGUUCAUCGAUAGCCUCAUCCCAUGGAUGCAAAGCUCUAACAACAAGGUCUCACAAGCUGGAAUUGAAGCAAUGGGCUAUGUUGUGGACCGCAUGGGAACAGAUUUUAGGCCAUAUGUAGCAACUGUUUUGCCACCAAUUAUAGAUAGACUUGGUGACAACAAAGAAGUUGUUCGAGAGAAAGCUCAACUUCUGCUUUUACGGCUUGCGGAAAGAGAAGUUUUAACACCUCAGGCUCUUCUAGAGAGGUUGACACCAGCAUUUUCUCAUAAAAAUGGGAAAAUAAGAGAAGAAGUUUUACAGUGUUUACAAAGGACAUUGACUGAGCAUGGUGCAGCAUCAUUAUCGGUUUCGCGGCUGGUUCCGCAUAUCGUUAAACUAUUAAGUGAUCCUAUGGCAUCUGUACGAGAUACAGCUUUUAACACGUUAGUGGAGGUAUAUCGUCAUGUUGGAGAACGACUUCGUCAUGAUCUAUUGAAAAAGCACACUGUUCCUCCUGCAAAAUUGCCUAUGUUAAUGGCGCGCUUUGAUGAGUUGCGGUUAGUUGGCGACCUUCUACCUUCUGCAUUGGCUGUUGAUAGUGGCCGGGGCGCGGGCGCGAGCACAGGCGAGGACGAGCCGGACCGCGCGGCGCCGCGACGCGCCACGUCGGUGCCGCGCAGGACGGGGCCGCCCAGCGCCGCGGCGCCCAUCUCGCGCUCCUUCGCCGCC